AAAAGUAUGGUCAUUAUCGCUAUUAAUUCGAAAUGAUGAAGUACAACGGGCUGCUGCUACUGAUUUUAUGUGCAAUAAGCUCAUCAGUAGCAGAUGUAGCUGACCCGACACUUGUCACUUUACCAGAGGGCCAAAUAAGAGGUCAAGCCUUGCAGUCUCCAAACGACAAUGUUUAUUACGCAUUUCAAGACAUACCGUACGCAACUCCCCCUGUAGGCGAAUUAAGAUUUCAAAAACCAGGAGAUACUUCACAAACUCCAUUAGCGGUGUUAAUAUGGAUACACGGAGGAGGAUUUGUAGGUGGAUCUGGCGCUAUUCAGGAAUACAAACCUGGAUUCUUCAUUGAUCACAAUAUUGUUGUUGUCACGCUAAACUACCGUGUUGGAGUUCUAGGAUUUCUGACAACAGAAGAUGGAGUCAUACCAGGAAACUUAGGAUUAAAAGAUCAACAUCUUGCACUUCAGUGGGUUAGAAAUAAUAUCGAUCUAUUUGGUGGAGACCCCGAAAAAAUUACGAUAGCUGGUGAAAGUGCUGGAGCAGGAUCUGUGGGAUACCAAAUUAUAAGUCAACAGAAUAAAGGUUUAUUCAGAGGUGGCAUUUUACAAAGUCUUACCCCACUGCAUCAGCAGGCACAUCAAAACUAUGCAAGAUUCUACGCUUUCGAAUUAGUUGCUGUUGGAAAAGAGUCUGGAUUACUAGAAGGCCAAGGUUUAAUAUGGAUGCCUGUAAUUGAGGAUGCUAGUCUAGAUGGAGCACUCCUCACGGGCUUAUUUCAUGAAGACAUUAGAACAGGAAACAUAAACCAAGUUCCCAUAAUUAUUGGCUUUAACUCUGAAGAGGCACUUGGGGCUUUUAAGACUGAUCCUUCAAAUAUUGAGGUGCUUCCGAAAUAUUUCGACAGUGAUUUAUCCAACCUCAUUAGAAACAAAUUCAAUAUGACCAAAGAGAACAAAUUGACAGCUGGCACUAGAUUGAGACAAAUUUACACCGAUGGAACAUUCGAAGACGAUCCUGGGCAAGUAGUGAAGUUUUACAGUGAUGAGUCGUUUACAACUCCAGUUAUUAGGCAUGCAAAGUUACAAUCCAACUAUACCGACGUUUAUAUGUACCAAUUUUCAUACAAAGGCAAUAUGGGAGAUAUGAAGGAUGUUGAAAUUGCAGGUGUUCGAGGUGUUUGUCACGGUGAAGACUUGGGUUAUUUAUGGGACUCGCACCUUUCUAAUGGAUCUAACGGAUCAUCAGGAGAUGAUCCAGAAGAUGUUAUAACACGUCAACGUUUGUUAACCUUAUGGUCAAACUUUGUCAAAUACCUAAAUCCAACUCCAGAAGUGGACAGUUUUCUGGGUAACGUGACGUGGGAGAAAGUUAGUCCAAAUAAUUUGGUGUAUUUGAACAUCAACGAUACACUUGAAAUGCAGACGAAUCCAAGAGACUACCUCAAGUGGGAAAGAAUUAUAGACGUGUAUGCUAUACCUCCAUUGGUUAAUUACUAAUGUAUCUUGAGAAAUAAACUAUAUUAUUUAUA